AUGUUGCCAACCGCCAUGUUCGACUCCAAACCCGAAUACAGCCGCAUCGAGAACGCAAACAGCAUCAGCAGCGACGACGAAAGCGGCAGACACAGCGAGACGAAGAGCAAAAGCCUGCACGUCCACUGGGGACGGGAAAAGGACCCAGAUGUCACGCCUCAGCCUAGGGCAAGCUCCACCUUGGUCCUUCUUGCCCUGAUCACGAUCCUCGUCUCGGGAAGUCUAGGUGGGUUGAUGGUAUGGAGGGUUACUGGGGGACUUGCACGAUCGUGUGCCGCGAUGCCGAGCCUAUCAACGCUGAAACUCCCAAUGGGCACGCGCAAAGUCAUCUUCAACGCCAACCACACAUUCGUCGAUGACCCCAAAACUAACCCGCGCACUGUGGACGCGUGGAAUAGCAUCAUGCCGGUCGGCUACGGCGGCAUCCUCCUCACACCCGACCAAUACCCCGUAACCAGCAACCACCGCACAAGCUACAAAGAAGACCACUGGGCGUUCACCGUCUACCACCAGAUCCACUGCCUUUACCACAUCCAAAAAGCGUACUACAAUCUCAUCCGCAGCCCCAACACGAGCGACGCCGUGAAAAGCGUGCAGGAAACGCAGGGCAAGACGCACGUCCCGCACUGCAUCGACUACCUGCGGCAAAGCGUGCUGUGUUCCGCGGACACGACGCUCGAGCCGAUGGAUCCGAAUGGGCGCACGGCGGGCUGGGAUACGGAGCACAUCUGUGCGGAUUAUGCGGCGCUUAUGGCGUGGACGGAGGAGCAUCGGAGUGAUGACUUUAAGGACUUUGCGAGUAAUGUUGAUUAG